AUGUCCCGAGCGCAGAUCUCGCGCGUCACCGCGCCGUCUCAUCGCUCUCGAGUGAAUUCUUCCACUUCAUCAGCUCGCCACCGCGCCGCCUCCGUGCGCUCGACGCCGUCCUCCUCGGCGUCGUCCUACGCCUCAAAAACAGUCGUCUGCACGCGGGAGAGCGGUAAGAAUGGGGCACUGAUGAACAUGUUGAAGGCUCGUGGGGUUCGGUGCGUGGAGCUGCCGCUCGUCGAAGCCGUCCCGGGCGAGGACGCGGACGGAUUGCCGGACGUUUUAACGCGCGAGCGCUGGGAUUGGGUGUGCGUGACGUCACCAGAGGCUGCGAAGGUGUUUCUCGACGCGUACGUAAAGGCGGGAAGGCCGGAGGGGGUGCGGGUGGCGGUCGUCGGAGCGGCGACGGGGAAGGUGCUGACAAAGGCGGAGCCCGAGGCGUUCGCGGCGGAGAAACAGUUCAUACCGAGCAAGGCGACGGCGGUGACGCUCGCGGCGGAGCUUCCGUGCGAUCAGGGGUCAUUAAUUCUAUAUCCGGCGAGUAAGAAGGCGGCGACGACGCUGCAGGACGGAUUAGAGGCGCGCGGCGCCAUGGUCGUUCGCCUGAACACGUACUCCACCGAGCGCGUGGAAACCUUACGGGCGGAAGACAUCGCCGACGCCGUGUGCGCCGACGUCGUCACCUUCGGAAGCCCAAGUGCAGUGCACGCUUGGGUCGAGCUCUGCGGUCAAGCGCUCUACGAUCGCCUCACCGCGGACCAGGACGCUUUACAACCCGCCUACGUAUGCAUCGGCGAAACCUCCGCCGAGGCGUGCGCCAACUGCGAGCUUCCCGACGUCUUCUACCCCGAGAGUCCCGGGAUGGAGGGAUGGGCCGAGACUGUUUUUUUAGCCCUCGACAUGGACCUCAACGAUCGCUGGUCCGGGAUCGACGUCGCGUGA